AAAGGGAUAGGCAAUCUAAGUGACAAUUUCCCGAAACUUCCUAGGAACAGCCACAUGGCGACGCAUGCGCACACCUCUCUGUUCUGACAGAAUUUAUCAGCCUUGCUGUCCAAUAUUUACUUCACAAGUGUCAUUUUAUUUGUUUCCUGUAAAUUGUAAAAAUGAGUGAAAUAUCAAGUUGGGAAGAUAUCGAAAACAAUCAGUUCUUCAAACAACUGUUGGACACCGACUCCAAGAAGACCGACGUCAGCCCGCUGUUGUCAGUGGCUCAACAAUUAAACAAGUUGGGACAAGCUAUCGAGGUGCUGAAUGCCGAGCUGCAGAGGCAAGUACUUCUGAAUCACGAAGAUCUACUGUCUCAAGCGACAUGGGUGGAAAAGUUGGAAGGAGUGCUCUUUAUAAUGCAGUCUCACAUACAAAGCCUCUUGUCGGCAGUGGAGCGAUUGCGCGGCAAGAUUAUCGAUCCGUUUAACAGAAUCGAAAUGCAGACGAUCGUACUGGCGCGGCUUCACGAAACCUCCGAUCUUUUGAGAAGAGUCUCCAGGAUGCAACACCUGUCGAAACGUUUGAAUUCUCAAAUGAGUAGCAUCACACAGGGGCCGGAUAUUGUUAAAGCUGCCAAUAGUCUGCACGAGCUUGAACAAUUAAUGGCAGACACGGAUCUUAACGGUCUGGAUGUAAUCGCGGACGAUCAGCAGGCUAUAAAAACUCAGAGAGCCACGGUGCAAAGAAUAGCCACUCAUACAUUAACGCAGGGUUUACAAGCGAUGGACAGGACGAAGGUAAGCACGGCUGUGCAGGUGUUUCAAAACUUGGGAAUAAUAGACGGUGCCGUGGACACGACGAUAGAAUCUACUCUGGCUGAAAUAGAAAGAAUUUCCACGGAAUCGUUAGACGUAUCUUUGGUGACGAAUCAGGAUUUUGGGAAACGUGGAGCGCCGGGCAGAGCCGCGAUUCCGUCGCCUGGAUCCUCUGGAAAUUUACGCACGAGAAUUUGGGAAAAUCUCGAACGUCUUUUCCAAGAUACUUUGUAUACCCAAUGCUUACAAAUAGAAUUGCUGCAAAGAGUAUUAUUGGAGCAUCAUAUGAAAGGAUUUCACGAUUUGUCCGAGAAAUUUUGGGAUAAAGUAAAUACUCUUCUUGCGAAAGUCUUGAUCGAACGUGCUCAAGGAUCGUCAUUUGUAAAACAAGCCUUGGAAGGAGAAUAUCCAAAAUUUUUAAGAAUAUUUUUGGACUUGAGUAAACGUUUAAAAGAGAGGUCUCACAGCAUCGGGAUUUACGGUAUCGACCGCAAUGUUCUACUACCGUUCGAAAACGCAUAUUUGUCGCGUUCGGUGUCUCGGCUGCUGGAUCCAGUUCACAAUAUGUUUUCCGGCGAAGGCUUGCCGACGCACGACGAGAUCGACAGUCUCAUACGUAUGAUAACCAACGAACUGAGCGUGUCACUGGUGGACGACGGACUCUCGACCGUGGUGUCGCGCAACGUAGGAAAAGCAAUAAGACUAUUCUGCCUGAAAUGCGAGCAGAGUGUGGUGACCGGCGGCGAGGCAAGCCAAGUGAUCGAUUCCCCUACUACCGGCCAGCAGACGAAUGUCACCCUCGCGAAUCUUCUCCAUUAUCUUUCCAGCCAGACAAACCGUGUGAUAGCGAAUCUGGCAGGGGGUUUGCCCAACGAGGGGAGCGUCGUCAUCACCACGGCGCUCAAGGAAACGGACGAGUUGACCAAGACUCUGCUCGCGCCGUUGUUAACGUCCAUUAGCGACGCGAUCGAAAGUAUUAUUCUAACGAUGCACGACGAUCCCGAAUUUAGAGACACAAGUAGCCCUCUGGGAAAGGAAAUUGGCUGUUCUCUUUACAUGCGCGAAUUGCAAGGCUUCAUUCUACGAUCCGUGAAUACGUUCUUACUGCCGUACAAAAAUCAAGUGGUUGUAGCCGAGUGUUGCAAAGCUGUCGCGUCGAGAUGCAUAGAGCUAUUUGUGCGUCAUGCUUGCCUGCUGAGACCGCUGACUGAUUUUGGGAAAGCAAAACUUCUGGCGGAUUUCGCUCAGAUGGAAGUAGCUGUGACGCCGUUGUGCCGUGGCGGUCAGAUGGGCCUGCUCGAACAGCAACAGUACAGAACUCUGCGAGCGCUGAAGACUCUACUUCCCCUCACUCCCGACGAGAUGGUGGACAAGAUUCUGGAAGGUCAAGGAGAGAGUGGCGUAUCACCGUCUCUCAUCCUCCUGCAUCUGUUUUCCGGCGCGCCGCCCGAAUUAGCGUCGCCGCACCAGAGCGCCGGAUGGUCUGUGGGUCGAUUGUCUCAGUGGAUGGACGGCCAUCCGAACGAGAGAGACAGAUUAGCGUUAUGCAGCGGGCCGCUGGAACGUUACCAGUUGACAGUCCGUCAGCAAAAUCUCCCGUCGUUCCAUCCCCUCUUUCCACAUAUGAUGAAAUUAGCGAAUUUGAGAGAACACUCGAGUCAAUAAAACGUACAUUAAUUCGUAUAUGCUAUAUAAAAAAUUGUAUAUUUCUUGAAUAUAAAAAUAUUUUUCCAAAAUGUA